AUGCUUCGAAGUACGGUGUACCGGCUCUGUGUUCCGGGCGGAUUUGUGUCGGCUGGACUGCUACCGUUCACGCUCAACGACCAUGAUCAGGUCAAAAUCGACACCAAAACCGUACAGAGCAUGUACGAGGAGGCGCCCGGUGACAAACAAACCGGCGUGGAGCGGCUACAGAUGAUGUUUACGAUUGAUGAAUUUGGCCGAGUAUCGAGCGAGCUCAACUCCAUCUAUCAGGCCGGCUUUCUUGGCUUCCUGUUCGGCGCUUGCUACGGUGGGUUCGUGAACUCCCGCGUCGCCUACAUGAACUUCCUCGAGCGCAACCAGGCAACGGCGUUCCAGUCUAGCUUCGAGGCAAAAAAGAAACUGCAGGACCAGGUUACGCUCAACUUCGCCAAGGGUGCAUUCCGUUGGGGUUGGCGUUUGGCACUGUUCACCACCAGCUAUGUUGGCAUUCAAACGGUCGUGUCGGUGUACCGAGGGAAAUCCUCCCUGUACGAGUAUCUGGCCGCAGGUGGCGUUACGGGCGCGAUGUACAAAUUCAGCAUGGGGCUGCGCGGGAUGGCCUCCGGUGGGCUCGUUGGCCUGGCGCUCGGCGGUCUGGCCGGUGGACUGUCGCUCGGGAUAAUGCGUGCGACCGGUACCACGAUGGAGGAGGUUCGAUUUUGGCAGUACAAAUGGCACACGAACCGCGAGCAGGCGAUACGCGACUCGAUGAAAAAGCAAACCGACGCGGAAGAGGAACCGUUACUAACGCACCAUCACAACAAGUUCGGCACCGCCAACCUCGAUCUCGACGCGAUCGAGGCGGAAAAGCGCAAGAUUCAGCUGGCGGUGGAGCGGGAAACGUUGAUGAAAAAGUUGGAACAGGAAGAACAGGUGGAAGCGGUAGCGGCUGCGGCUGCGGCAACUGCAGCAGCAACAGCAGCGGCAGCGGUUAAAAAAUAAAGCUUAAGUUCCAUUGGA